GCUGAACCAAGAUGGCCGGCGGCAGAGGCCGGGCCCCGGCGUGAGCCGAGCGCGGGCUGCAACCCUGGCCAUACCCCAGCCCAGUGGCCUCUAAGCGCACCCUGACGGAGCCGGCCCGCCGGCGACCCAGGAGACAUGUCUCUGCUUUGCGUUGGAGUCAAAAAAGCCAAGUUUGAUGGUGCUCAAGAGAAAUUCAACACGUACGUGACCCUGAAGGUGCAGAAUGUCAAGAGCACGACCAUUGCUGUGCGGGGCAGCCAGCCCAGCUGGGAGCAGGAUUUCAUGUUCGAGAUUAACCGCCUGGAUUUGGGGUUGACGGUAGAGGUGUGGAACAAGGGUCUCAUCUGGGACACGAUGGUGGGCACUGUGUGGAUCCCCCUGAGGACCAUCCGCCAGUCUAAUGAAGAGGGCCCUGGAGAGUGGCUGACACUGGACUCUCAGGUCAUCAUGGCAGACAACGAGAUCUGCGGCACCAAGGACCCCACCUUCCACCGCAUCCUCCUUGAUACACGCUUCGAGCUGCCCUUAGACAUUCCUGAGGAGGAGGCGCGCUACUGGGCCAAAAAGCUGGAGCAGCUGAAUGCCAUGCGGGACCAGGACGAGUACUCCUUCCAAGAUGAACAAGACAAGCCUCUCCCUGUCCCCAGCAACCAGUGUUGCAACUGGAAUUAUUUUGGCUGGGGUGAACAGCAGAACGAUGACCCUGACAGUGCGGUGGAUGACCGUGACAGUGACUAUCGCAGUGAGACGAGCAACAGCAUCCCGCCACCCUAUUACACUACAUCCCAGCCCAAUGCCUCUGUCCACCAGUAUUCUGUCCGCCCGCCACCCCUGGGUUCCCGGGAAUCCUACAGCGACUCCAUGCACAGUUAUGAAGAGUUCUCUGAGCCAAGGGCCCUCAGCCCCACGGGCAGCAGCCACUACGCCUCCUCAGGGGAGCUGAGCCAGGGCAGCUCGCAGCUAAGUGACGACUUUGACCCGGAUGAGCAGAGCCUGCAAGGCUCCGAGAUGGAGGAUGAGCGGGACCGGGACUCCUACCACUCCUGCCACAGUUCGGUCAGCUACCACAAGGACUCCCCACGCUGGGACCAGGAUGAGGAGGAGCUGGACGAGGAGCUGGACGAGGAGCUGGACGAGGACCUGGAGGACUUCCUGGAGGAGGAGGAGGAGGAGGAGGAGGAGCUGCCUGAGGAGGAGGAGGAGCUGGAGGAGGAGGAGGAGGUGCCCGAUGACAUAGGGAGCUACGCCCAGCGCGAACAGCCCAGAGUGGCUGAGCCCGAGGCCUUCAAGCGGGUCAGCCUCCCUCCAGCUGCCCCUGAGAAAGAGGGGAAGGCUCCAGCUGCACCUGUCGAGGCCCCUGGUGUGGCCCCGGAGCUGGCUGCACCUGACGAGGAGUCUGCGGCUGAGUGGGCGUCUCAGCUGGGGGCCCCCAAGGCUGAGGAGAGUUUCAGGCCUCACGUGUCUGAGGAAGGUCAGGAGGGUCAGGACUCCCUGUCCAGGGCCAAGGCCAACUGGCUGCGAGCCUUCAACAGAGUGCGGCUGCAGCUGCAGGAGGCCCGAGGAGAAGGAGAGAUGUCCAAAUCCCUAUGGUUCAAAGGCAGCCCUGGAGGUGGUCUCAUCAUCAUUGACAGCAUGCCAGACAUCCGCAAGAGGAAGCCUAUCCCACUUGUGAGCGACCUGGCCAUGUCCUUGGUCCAGUCCAGAAAAGCGGGCAUCACCUCGGCGUUGGCUUCCAGCACUUUGAACAAUGAGGAGCUGAAAAACCACGUUUACAAGAAGACCCUGCAGGCCUUAAUCUACCCUAUCUCAUGCACUACUCCGCACAACUUUGAGGUGUGGACGGCCACCACGCCCACCUACUGCUAUGAAUGCGAGGGGCUGCUGUGGGGCAUCGCGCGGCAGGGCAUGCGCUGCACCGAGUGCGGCGUCAAGUGCCAUGAGAAGUGCCAGGACCUGCUCAACGCCGACUGCCUGCAGCGGGCGGCCGAGAAGAGCUCCAAACACGGGGCGGAGGACCGGACGCAGAACAUCAUCAUGGUGCUCAAGGACCGCAUGAAGAUCCGGGAGCGCAACAAGCCCGAGAUCUUCGAGCUCAUCCAGGAGAUCUUCGCGGUGACCAAGACGGCGCACACGCAGCAGAUGAAGGCGGUCAAGCAGAGCGUGCUGGACGGCACGUCCAAGUGGUCGGCCAAGAUCAGCAUCACCGUGGUCUGUGCCCAGGGUUUGCAGGCCAAGGACAAGACAGGAUCCAGUGACCCCUACGUCACUGUCCAGGUCGGGAAGACCAAGAAACGAACAAAAACCAUCUAUGGGAACCUGAACCCUGUGUGGGAAGAGAACUUCCACUUUGAAUGUCACAAUUCCUCGGAUCGAAUCAAGGUGCGGGUCUGGGAUGAAGACGAUGACAUAAAAUCCCGAGUGAAGCAGCGGUUCAAGAGGGAAUCCGACGACUUCCUGGGGCAGACAAUCAUCGAGGUGCGGACGCUCAGCGGCGAGAUGGACGUGUGGUACAACCUGGACAAGAGGACUGACAAAUCUGCUGUGUCAGGCGCCAUCCGGCUACACAUCAGUGUGGAGAUCAAAGGCGAGGAGAAGGUGGCCCCCUACCAUGUCCAGUACACCUGUCUGCAUGAGAACCUGUUCCACUUCGUGACAGACGUGCAAAACAAUGGGGUCGUGAAGAUUCCAGAUGCCAAGGGUGAUGACGCCUGGAAGGUGUACUAUGAUGAGACGGCCCAGGAGAUCGUGGAUGAGUUUGCCAUGCGCUAUGGUGUCGAGUCCAUCUACCAAGCCAUGACCCACUUUGCCUGCCUCUCCUCCAAGUACAUGUGCCCGGGGGUGCCCGCCGUCAUGAGCACCCUGCUCGCCAACAUCAACGCCUACUACGCACACACCACCGCCUCCACCAACGUGUCUGCCUCUGACCGCUUCGCUGCCUCCAACUUUGGGAAAGAGCGCUUUGUCAAGCUCCUGGACCAGCUGCAUAACUCCCUGCGGAUCGACCUCUCCAUGUACCGGAAUAACUUUCCAGCCAGCAGCCCAGAGAGACUCCAGGACCUCAAAUCCACUGUGGACCUUCUCACCAGCAUCACCUUCUUUCGGAUGAAGGUGCAAGAACUCCAGAGCCCACCCCGAGCCAGCCAGGUAGUGAAGGACUGUGUGAAAGCCUGCCUCAACUCUACUUAUGAGUACAUCUUCAACAACUGUCAUGAACUCUACAGUCGGGAGUACCAGACAGACCCGGCCAAGAAGGGGGAAGUUCCCCCAGAAGAACAGGGCCCCAGCAUAAAAAACCUCGACUUCUGGUCCAAGCUGAUCACUCUCAUAGUGUCCAUCAUUGAGGAAGACAAGAAUUCCUACACUCCCUGCCUCAACCAGUUUCCCCAGGAGCUGAAUGUGGGUAAAAUCAGCGCCGAAGUGAUGUGGAACCUGUUUGCCCAGGACAUGAAGUAUGCCAUGGAGGAGCAUGACAAGCAUCGCUUGUGUAAGAGCGCCGACUACAUGAACCUCCACUUCAAAGUCAAGUGGCUCUACAACGAGUAUGUGGCAGAGCUUCCCGCAUUCAAGGACUGCGUGCCUGAGUACCCAGCGUGGUUUGAGCCCUUCGUCAUCCAGUGGCUGGACGAGAAUGAGGAGGUGUCCCGGGAUUUCCUGCAUGGGGCCCUGGAACGAGACAAGAAGGAUGGGUUCCAGCAGACCUCAGAGCAUGCCCUGUUCUCCUGCUCCGUGGUAGACGUCUUCUCCCAACUCAACCAGAGCUUUGAGAUCAUCAAAAAACUUGAGUGCCCUGACCCCCAGAUCGUGGGGCACUACAUGAGGCGCUUUGCCAAGACCAUCAGUAAUGUGCUCCUCCAGUAUGCGGACAUCAUCUCCAAGGACUUUGCCUCCUACUGCUCCAAGGAGAAGGAGAAAGUGCCUUGUAUCCUCAUGAACAACACUCAGCAGCUGCGAGUUCAGCUGGAGAAGAUGUUUGAAGCCAUGGGAGGGAAGGAGCUGGAUGCCGAGGCCAGUGACAUCUUGAAGGAGCUCCAGGUGAAACUCAACAAUGUUUUGGAUGAGCUCAGCCGGGUGUUUGCUGCCAGCUUCCAACCACACAUCGAGGAGUGUGUCAAGCAGAUGGGCGACAUCCUUAGCCAGGUGAAGGGCACAGGCAACGUGCCAGCCAGUGCCUGUAGUAGUGUGGCCCAGGACGCCGACAAUGUGCUGCAACCCAUCAUGGACCUCCUGGACAGCAACCUGACUCUCUUUGCCAAAAUCUGCGAGAAGACAGUGCUGAAGCGGGUGCUGAAGGAGUUAUGGAAGCUGGUCAUGAACACCAUGGAGAAGACCAUCGUCUUGCCUCCCCUCACUGACCAGACGAUGAUCGGCACCCUCUUGAGAAAACAUGGCAAGGGAUUAGAAAAGGGCAGGGUGAAAUUGCCAAGCCACUCAGAUGGAACCCAGAUGAUCUUCAAUGCAGCCAAAGAGCUGGGUCAGCUGUCAAAGCUCAAGGACCACAUGGUACGAGAAGAAGCCAAGAGCUUGACUCCAAAGCAGUGUGCAGUGGUUGAGCUGGCCCUGGACACCAUCAAGCAAUACUUCCACGCAGGUGGCGUGGGCCUCAAGAAAACCUUCCUGGAGAAGAGUCCAGACCUGCAGUCCCUGCGCUAUGCCCUGUCCCUCUAUACGCAGGCCACUGACCUGCUCAUCAAGACAUUCGUGCAGACGCAGGGGGCCCAGGUCCAUGGUGGAAAAGGGACUAGGUUUACCCUUAGUGAAGACAUUUAUCCUGAAAAGGGCUCGGGUGUGGAAGACCCUGUGGGUGAAGUCUCUGUCCACGUUGAGCUGUUCACUCAUCCAGGAACCGGGGAACACAAGGUCACAGUGAAAGUGGUGGCGGCCAAUGACCUCAAGUGGCAGACUUCAGGCAUUUUCCGGCCGUUCAUUGAAGUCAACAUCAUUGGGCCACAGCUCAGCGACAAGAAACGCAAGUUUGCGACCAAAUCCAAGAACAACAGCUGGGCCCCCAAGUACAAUGAGAGCUUCCAGUUCACCCUGAGCGCCGACGCGGGCCCCGAAUGCUACGAGCUGCAGGUGUGCGUCAAGGACUACUGCUUCGCCCGCGAAGACCGCACCGUGGGGCUGGCCGUGAUGCAGCUGCGCGAGCUGGCCCAGCGCGGGAGCGCCGCCUGCUGGCUGCCUCUCGGCCGCCGCAUCCACAUGGACGACACGGGCCUCACGGUGCUGCGCAUCCUUUCGCAGCGCAGCAACGACGAGGUGGCCAAGGAGUUCGUCAAGCUCAAGUCAGACACGCGCUCCGCCGAGGAGGGCGGCACCGCGCCUGCGCCCUAAAGCGGGGCGUGCGGGCGGGCAGUACUGCGCCUGCGCAACCGGGUGGCACCUGCGCGCUGGGACUUCCCAGGGGGCUAGCCUCGGGCUCGGUGCGGAGGGCGGGAUGCGCCUGCGCCCUUGACUUAGCUUGCCCACUCUGACGCACUGCAGUCAAGCCCCGCCCCCUCGGGAGGCCACUCCCUAGGGCGCGAGGAGGGAAGAGGCCUCAUCCCCUUCAUGAGGCCAAGUGCCCCGCGCCUAGGGGGACUUUCGAGAUAGGAUGGGGGAAGUCCCGCCCCCUAUCGAGGAGACCAGGUCCCGGGGCUCUGGUUACAGGGAGUCUCCGCCUACUGUCCCUUAGAAAAGCCAUAAGACGGGUCCCCAAUCCCUGGGACCCAAGACCAAUUGCCAAGUAGGGAACUCUCGGCUCCCUUGGGGACGGGCAAGGGCAAGGGGCAGGGCUUCCUGGAGCGCCCCCUGGGGUGGUCUGGGGCUGGACGGACUAGGAUGAUGGCUGGAGGGCCCUGGGUGGACGCAAGUCUCUUUUCAUGUUUGUGCAAAAAAAUAAACGGGUAGAGGGGGAGGAUGGGAUUGCUAAAGCACACGCGCCUUUGGGCGCCCAAGCCCUUAGAGACCGAGGGGACCUCGCUGGGGCACCUGCGCUGGCCCUAGUUCCCUACCGGGGUUUGCCUCCUCUUUUCCCCCACAUACCCAGUGUUCAUGUCAUAGAAUUCAACCCACUCAUUUGAUAGAUGGCAAAACCGAGGCCCAGAGAGCUGCUUGAGACUUUGCAGAGGGUCCCUGUGCCACGCCCUGUCCCCACCCCUUUUGGCCUGUGUGUCCCAUGGAAGGGUGGGCUGAAAUCGGGUGACCGGACACAGCUCCCCAUUGCUGCUCAGCCCCCUUCAGGAGACCUCUAAUCCUUAUGAGGGACGGGGGUCCUGGACCAAGACCCCCACUACCCUUCCCACCUCCGGCUGCCAAGCAGAACUUUUGCCCUCAGCCCUUUUACACUCGGACCCCAGGGGGAGACACCCCGAGAACGAGCUCUUGGACUCCUGCCAAAAGAAAAAGUGAGGACCUAAGCCCUGCCCCCAAGCCCCUUCCUCUCCCUCCAAAUAAGAACAGAGACCAGAACCUCUAGGGUGGGUUGGAGUGUGUGUAUGUGUGUAAAUACACAGACAUGGUCGCUGCUUGCAUUCACUGAAACACCCACGCCACAGGAUACCCCCAGGUGGGGCUGCUACCUGCCAAAAGCUCUUCCUCCAACAGGCAAAGUUGGGGCAGGUAAGUUUUUUCAUUUGAGCUUGCCCAGGCAGAACCUUCUGGAAUAGUUGGGUAGGGCUUGUCUUUGCACAGACUCCGCCUUUCAUGUUGGACAAGUGUGCGUAUGCCAUAUGGUUUUUCCUGCUGGGUUGACAAGUACAGGAUUGCGCUGUGAAAGGAAGAAAUUAAAGCAGUGACGAGAUGAAGACUAGCUGGGCUGCUGGAGUGCAGGGGCUACAUCAGAUGGAAGGUGAGGGAGGGCUUUCUGGGGUGAAAAAUGAGAAGGAACCACCCACUGAGAAGAAAUGGAGCCCCAGGGAGAGGGAACCGCAGGUGCAAACCCUGAGAGUUGGGCGGGCUGGAAGCACUGGGAGGAGGAGGUCAGUGUGGCCGGAGGGAGAUGGGCACAGGCGUGGUGAGGCUGUGGAGACAUCACCUCGGGCGGGUCUUGUGCGCUGCUCUGAGGCGUUCCAGGUUUACACUGCGAGGCCUGGGGAGUCCCAGGAAACUGAAAACCUAGGAGACUGGAUUUCAGGUUUCAGAAGCUCUCCUUGGAUACCUCGUGGGGAAUAGACCAAUGCAGUGGACUGGACUAGGGACGAGGGGAGGGACAAAGUGCUUUCAGGACACUGAAGUUAUUUCUUGGAAAUAUUUUGGAGGAUGUAUUAGAGGGAAAACAAGCCCUGCCUCCGUGAGAGGCACAAGGGCUGCUGAGUAUAGUGGCGCCCCUUGCGCGCCCUCGAAGGGUUCGGCAUCUUUAAGGAGGCUACGUUCAAGGCUAGGCAUUGAAAGCUGUGUGUUUGUGUUGAUGGUUUCCUGGCAUGUGAACGAAUCUGGAAGAAGUGGCACUACUUUCUAGUUUACCUGACAUUGUUUUGUGCCUCCUACAUCUGAGCAGGUUUGGGGGACUGGAGGUUCUGCACCAGAGAUGAGAAUACAAGUUCUUAUAAAAGGCAGCAGGGGAGGAGGCUCCGGGCAGCGGCCAGGCGCAGACAGGCUACAAAUUCAGCAACAUGCAAAGGGGAGGUAACCUGUGCUCCAGGCUGGGCCCUGAAAGAUGUAUGGAUGACUAGGAGAAAAAGGGGGAGCUGAGUGUCUGCCUGAGAAGGCUGAGUGAUUUCCCAAAAGAUUCUUUGGUCAAGGCUGAGUAUGUGUGUUGCGUGGAAAAUGUCCCCCCUCUUCUUUCCCCAGGGAACGCCUACUUAUCCCUCAACCCAUCACAAAUAGCCCCUCCUGUAGCGCACCCCUCAGGACCUCCCCAGACCCCGUCCCUCCUCCUCUGUGUUUCCCUGCCCUAGCCUCUCUGCCCCUGAUGCCAUGGGGCUGGGGCUGUCUGGGACAGGCUCUGUUGCCCCCAGGCUGAGGGCUGAGGCCUCUUGAUAGCGCCAAGUUCACCCAGCACACGCUGGGCACAGGGGGAUGAAGGGAGGGUGUGCCCAGUUGAAUCGUCUUGGCAGAGGGUUCUGCAUGUGCCUGUGCACCCACAGGUAUGUUUGUCUAGGUCUGUCUGUCCCAACCUUCGCCUCCCACACAGACCUGGGCACACGAGAGGUGUUUCAGUCAGACUGACUGCGUGACAGGAAUCAGAGUGGAGAGGGUACCACGAGAGAGGAGAACAAUCCCGAGGCCCGAGGGCAUUUGAAAUUAAGAAGUUCCUCUUUGCAGCAAGGCUCAGAGAGGGGCAGAGCUUUCACUAAGGUCGCCCAGGAAGUGGAUGCAUAGUCCAGCCUUGGAUGACACCUUGGGCCUUUGGCCGCCUCACCUGGGGUGCCUGGGGUUCUGAACCCUGAUGGGGUCUCAAGGUUGCAUUCACACUGUACUCCAUGCCGGGAGUUGGCCCCAGACUUCCAUGGGUCAGGGGAAGAAUAAAGUGGAGAGGCCGCCAGGGCCAAGGUACGGGGAGCGUGACAGUGAAGGACAUCUUGGAAGCAAGCCAUCUCCCCAAGAGGGACAGAGACACAAAGAGACACGAGGAAUGAGGGAUGGAGAGAGAGAAGAUGAGAAAUCAAGAGGAUGAGAUCGUGCCCAGAUCCUGCAGACAGAAAGGGGGGAAAAAACCCGAAAUUGGGAAUGAAGAACAAAGAGGGGACUCGUUGUUCUCUCUCUGGCUUUCAUCACUCCAUCCUCAAAGGAUUGACGUAAAAUGAGGAGAUGCCCGGCCCUGCCCCCCAUUUCCUCUGACACAGGCGCCAGAGCUGAAACCUCACCACACGUACCCCAUCAGAGAUGCAAAAAAUUUAACAUCCAACUAGAAAUCCUUGGGAUCUCUCGGCUGGGACCUUUCUGUCCCCACAUGCUGCACUGUCCAUUUUGCAGAUGGGGACCCUGAGGGGCAGGGCAGGGACAGCCCAGAGACCCCCCAAACUCUGCUGCCCAGGUGGAGCAGGGGGGGAGCUCACUGGGGACUUGCUUGUAUCAUGACUGGCCCCUGAACACCCUUUCCUGAGAAUUGUCAAGGACCAAAGUUGUCUUCGCUGACACGUGUUGCUUUUCUCUUUGCCUUUUAUUUUCUUUUAAAGAGAGAGAUCAAUUUGAUGGUGUCAAGUAAGACCCUCCCCGCCCCAGCCCCCCAAGACCCGCAAACCCGGUCACGCAGUCCAGGGAGGGUCUUCCUCCAUGUACCUUCCCUUAGCAUGUGAUUGCAAAUGUGAACUCAAAACGUUGUUUGUUUUAAAUCCAUCCUGUCAGUCUGGCAUCUGCACAGAUGUCCCCAUAUCUCUGUAAAUAUGUGACUUGGAACAAAUGUUUAAAACCAAUGAGAAGUGGUCAUGAAUGCAUGUUGUUGAGAAGUUUUGCAUUAUUCUGAGUUUUUGGUCUCUGUAAAAAUAUUUUAUUAACAACAGACAUUAAAAAAAGAAAAA